CGCUGGCCUGCCGACCUCGCGACGCCGGCUGGGAGCACAUGGACACCCGCGCGCCAGAAGCCCCCUUCGCGGAUGAACUGCGGGACAAGGCAGAAAAUCUACUUCAAGAACUUCAAGAACAUUUUCAGGCUCUAACUGCAACAUUAAACAACAGAACGGAAGAAAUGGGAAAUCGUAUAAAGGACUUACAGAAGAAUGUGAACGACCUAAUGGUGCAAGCUGGUAUUGAAAAGUGUUUUAAAGAACAAAUGACCAGCAACAUGUAACAUGACCAUUCCAAACAGUUACUGAAGAAGACCCCAAAGUCCAGCUAAAUCAAACCAACUGGAAAGAAGAAGCAGGUAUCUGUGAGGUUCUUAGACUUUGCUUCCAAGGAAACCAGUCUUCAACCCUGGAUGUUGAUGCUUUUUCUCCCAAAGAGAGCUGUCCUGAAUCCUGAGAUCACCCUCUAGAAGUAAUUAAAGAAAAGCAGGAGGAUCCCAUUCAAGCUUAUUUUGUGCAUUAUACAAGGAACUUUUAAUUAUUCAGCUUGCCUCUCUCCAAGCCAAAGUAAAAUAUAGCUAUUAUCUUAAAAAAGGGGAAAGAGAGAAGGGGAAGGGAAAAUUUUAAAAAAUUAGCAUGUGCUAAGUGCAUGUACUAACACUCCACAAUGAAUGUAAUCAUUAUAUA